AGAUGAACACACUAUAGCUGCUCUAUAUGCGAUGCACUGUGUCGGCUAGGUUACUGUGAGGAUUCGCUGAUUUUUGAAGAUGUUUAUGAUAAUUUAAAUAGUGUGACAGUUAAAUAUAAGCUAAGGUUUCUUAGUGCUUUAGCUGAUUGUAGAAAACAUACAUACAAUCGCUAGAAAAUUGAUCUUAUUGUUUGUUCUAUCCAAUAAGAGAGCCUCGAAGCUGAUUAAACUCACCUAUUAGUAUUUAAGGAAGCAUAUAUACAAUUUCUAUGUACAAUUCAAUUACGUUGUUUAGAAUUUAUAAUCACCGCUUUUAAAAUAUAAUUAAUAUUAGAUAUACAAUGUAUAUGUCAUCAAAAUAAUACUUCAUUUUUAAUUUUUUGCAAAACAACUCAAAACAACUUUGCGUGAAAACAUGGAUAUAUGCCUGUUACUAGUACCGUUGAUUCGAUAAAUAUUGAUCAAUGGAUAAAAUGGAAAUAAUAACUUGUAUAAAGAAUUGCUAUAAAAGAUUUUCAAUAUUGAGUUAACAUGAUAUUUUGGUACUGCUGACAUGGGAUAUAUUUUUCAUCCACUUAGUUGAGUAAGGAAAUAAAUUGUUACAAAGUGACGAUGGCUAAUCAUUAUGAAGUACCUAAUUGGGCUGGAAAGCCACCAGUUGGAUUACAUUUAGAUGUAUUGAAAAAUGAUAAAUUAAUCCAGAAAUUAAUGGUUGAUGAAAAGAAAUGUUAUUUAUUUGGUCGUAAUCAACAAUUAAAUGACUUUUGUAUAGACCAUGCAUCUUGCUCUCGUGUUCAUGCUGCUCUUGUAUACCACAAGCACCUAAAUCGAGCAUUUCUUGUUGAUUUGGGUAGCACACAUGGAACUUUUAUUGGUAAUCUACGCUUGGAACCACAUAAACCUACACAGUUACCUAUUGAUAGUACAUUUCAUUUUGGAGCUUCUACUCGAUAUUACAUUAUCAGAGAAAGACCUCAAACUGGUACAAGACCCAUUAUUGAGGAAUUAGAAAAAUUGUCAGAAGAUAUAGAUGCUGGUGGUUUAUUGGGCUUACCUGAAACAGAAACAGAACUUGAUAACUUAACAGAGUUUAAUACUGCACAUAAUAGGCGCAUAUCUAUGCUAGGUAUAACGGACGAUGAAAUUCAUAAACCAACGAGAAAACGAAAGAAAAAGGGGAUUACUUUCAACGAUGACGAAGAAGUAAUUAACCCGGAAGAUGUCGAUCCAUCGGUCGGCAGAUUUCGUAAUCUUGUACAAACGACUGUAGUACCCAGCAAAAGAAUGCGUAUGGAAGGAGGCUUAAUAUCUUUAACAGAAGAUCACAAUCCUCUGAAACACGUUCAACCUACAGCAACUGCACCCCAACUAUAUCAAGAUUUACCACCAGAACAGUUUACACCAUCGUCGUUAUCUCUUAAUCCAUUUUCCAGUGCUUUGUCUUCGUUAUCCUCUCGACUUGGUAUCGCGUUACCAAAUCCAGCACCUGAGGUGGAGAUGACACCUAAUCAAAUACCAGUGGAAGUACCACACGUACCAGAAAUACCAGGACCUACGGAAACACGAACUAUGGAACCGAAAAAGAAAAAAUAUGCCAAAGAAGCUUGGCCUGGAAAAAAGCCCAUACCAACGCUUUUGGUAUAAUAACAUUAGGAAACAUAUUUUUGUCAAAUAGUUUUACUAUUCGAAUUUUAAUAAUUAAGUUACGUAAGAAUUCAUGCAUAAAUUAGCCGUGCAAGAUUGCAAGAAAUACUUUUAGUUAUCAUUAGGUAAUCGUAUCGAAUUUAUGUUUAACGUCAUUGUACAGUUAUAGCUCAGAUUGUAAAUUUAUCUUAUCAAAUUCAUUUCCGUUCUAUCUUUGAUGAAUCGGUUAUAAUAUUAAGUUAGAUUUAAUCAACAUUUCGUACGUAACUUUUUUUCGUAAGGAAUGAAAUUGUAAUUAGAGAUUUACUGUAAGAUAAAUAAGCACGAAUAAACAGAAUUUAUUUUACUUUAA